CGCCUCUUCUUUAUUUCACGCAUAUGUCAUCUGAGCUGCUGCUGAACAGACGCAACACAUCCACGGCCACACUGAAUAUGCCGGGGAUGCUGCUCGGCGAUGAGUUUCCUAAUUUCGAAGUGGAGACCACUUAUGGCAAAAUUAAACUCCACGAAUUUCUCGGUGAUACAUGGGGAGUCCUGUUCUCCCACCCCAGAGACUACACCCCGGUGUGCACCACAGAGCUGGGUCGAGCUGCCAGACUGAGCAGUGAGUUCACUAAACGCAACGUCAAAAUGAUCGCCCUGUCCAUCGACUGCCUGGAGGAUCAUCAUGGCUGGUCCAAGGACAUCCUGGCAUACAACUGUGAGGAGCCUGCUUGCUGCUCGCUGCCCUUUCCCAUCAUAGCGGACAGUAAACGGGAGCUGGCAGUAGCCCUGGGCAUGCUGGACCCAGAUGAGAAGGAUAAAGACGGCCUGCCGCUCACCGCCCGUUGUGUGUUCAUCAUCGGCCCUGACAAAAGGCUGAAGCUGUCCAUCCUCUACCCGGCAACCACCGGACGCAACUUUGAUGAGAUUUUGCGAGUGGUGGACUCACUCCAGGCCACAGCAGGGAAACGAGUGGCCACACCGGCCGACUGGAAGCCUGGGGACUGUGUGAUGGUCCCUCCCAGCAUGUCUGAGGAGCAGGCGGCCUCUUUGUUCCCAGCUGGCGUCUACACCAAAGACCUCCCCUCAGGCAAGAAGUACCUGCGCUACACACCCCAACAAUAAGCACGGGAGGAGACAGCACUGAUGUUCAACACUCACACUUAUGUCACACUCAAUCCAGCAGCUCUCAAUCUGGGACUUGAAGACCCUUGAGUACUGCUCUGAGUACUGCUAUUUAGUUUCCCUGCCAGGAAGACAAAAUGCCUUAAGAAAUGUGUAGGACUUUUCUAGAUUGAGAUUCUACAGUAUGUACAACUCCAAUAGUAAAAGCUGUAAUGUUCAGCCUACUUUUAUAAAGGGAGAUUGUUUUUUGGAAAAGUAGAGGUUGAGAGAUUUCUUUUUAUAUUUAAAGAUGUAGAAAACGGUUUAUUAUAUGCAGUAUGGCAGUGGAAGUUUAUAUCUUGUAACAGUGGUACUAUCAGGGAUUGGAUCACGUGUGUAUGAUUUACCCAUGUACCUUUAUUUUGCAAGAGGAAGUGGUUUAUGGUGCUGGUUUCACAAAGGAUGACGAGUGAAAACAAAAAUAACACUAUUGCCAUGCAUGUGUACUCAUUUUAUCUGACAGCUGUACUUCGUUAAACAUAGUAAGAUGCACAUGUUUAAGUACGUGUGGAAUUGACUACUCUCACUUGCCAAACUAUACAUUUCACGGAAAGAUUUACUGCUACUCUAAUGGUUGGGUGUCUGAUGUACACAUUUCCCCUGUGUGGGACAAUAAAAGCAAAGAAUGAUUCGCAAACAAUAAAA